GUGCUGUAACAUUCUAGAAGAAUUUUUCUGGUUGAAACACAGAAGGACAAACAAAUUCGCUGUUAUUGCUGCGUGAAAUCCGCUCAUUAUUAUCAGCAUUAUAUAUUAUAGUUAAUAGCAGUGGUAGCAGAUCCUGAAUCAAACAUGGUCGAUUACAGUAGGUGGAAGGAUAUCGAGAUCUCGGAUGAUGAAGAUGAUACUCAUCCGAAUAUUGAUACUCCGUCGUUGUUCCGAUGGCGUCACCAGGCUCGCAUCGAACGAAUGGAGGAACAUAAGAAUGAAAAGAAAAAGUUGGAUGAGAAGAAGCAGGCCACCGAGAAGAAGCUGAAGGAGGUGAAAGACAAGCUUCAGAAGAGUGAAGGAAAUUUGGACGAACUGAAGAUUUGCUUGGAAGAGUUGGAGAAGGACCAAGCCAAGAUGCGGAAGGAAGAAGAUGAGUGGAAGAAGAAGGAGAAGCUGCAACCGUGGAAUGUGGAUACGAUCAGCAAGGAAGGAUUUCAAAAAACUGUUAUCAACAAAAGUGCGAUCAACAAGAAGCAAGAGCUGACGGAGGAUCAAAAAGAACUGAAUCUGAAGGAGUUUAUCAAACAACACGAGAAGCAGCUAAAACAGUAUGGUAUGUUGAAGAAAUACGAAGACUCGAAGAAGUUCCUGCGCGACAAUCACAAAUUGGUCUGCGAGGAUACGGCCAACUACCUGGUGAUCUGGUGCAUUGAGUUAGAGAUGCAGGACAAGCAUGAACUGAUGGCCCACGUUGCUCAUCAGUGCAUCUGUAUGCAGUAUAUUUUGGAUAUUGCUAAACAGUUGGACGUCGAUCCGCGUGCGUGCUUGGAGUCAUUCUUCCAGCGCAUACAGGUAGCAGAGGUCGAGUACAAGAACCAGUUCCUUGCGGAAAUCGAAUCAUUCAAGGAACGCAUUCGAAAGCGUGCCCAGGAAAAGCUGCAGAAAGCAAUCGAAGAGCAAGAGGAGGAAGAGCGAAAGGCUCGACUAGGCCCGGGAGGCUUGGAUCCGGUAGAGGUGUUUGAAUCACUGCCGAAAGAACUGCAGGCCUGUUUUGAGACGCGGGACAUUGCCAUGCUGCAGGAAGCGAUGACCAAACUGCCGGAAGAGGAGGCUCGUUAUCACUUGAAACGUUGCAUAGACUCCGGAAUGUGGGUCCCGGAUGGCAAAAAAGGUGUGCUGGACCUCAGACCAGAAGACGUAGUGGAAGAAGGGGAAGCAGCCAAACUGGUGGAGGUGGAGUCUGAAGAUAAAAAAGAUCCCGAAUAAUGGCCAUUGUCACAGAUUUAGACAGUCGGCAAUUGUGUAAAGUCAGACUAUACCUACCCAUUAGUUGGAUUAAGCUUUUAGAGAGAAUCAGUUUAGUUUUACGCUGUAUCCACAACCGCAAACCUUCCGUAGAGAAUACAAGCAGAAUCGUCAUUUUUUUCCUAUGCAAAAUAUCGAUGUAACCGUUUUAUAUCUGUAUUCUAUUAAAUAUUGUAUGA